GUUGGUUCGCCAAAUUGAAAACAAAAGAAAGCAAAGAUCACGCUGUUAUCUUAUAAAUGUAAACUUUUGCGAUAAAGCAAAGCAUCGCUUAACCUUCAUUAAGUUGUUGUGACAUUUCACACUCAAGCUGCUGCGUGGUUACCGAAGAGAGCAGACCAUGGCUAAAUCAACCAAAGAGUUGACAGGCUUUCAGAGUGUAAUUGGCGCUUUGUUGCUGACCGCUGCUGGCUUGGGUUCAGUUCUCGUUCAUCUGCUGGCUGUUCGAUUUAUAUUUGUAAGGUGUUUGCUCUUUUUUGGCGUUGAAAGCAGUUUCUGGCAAGAACUGUGGGAGAAACUUUGCGACAUAUAUGCCGUGGGAAAUGAAAAGAACUUUUUCAUAUUUGGGACCGUGCUCGUGCAGAUGUUAGCCUACUGGAUUUGGGGCAGUUUAUACAUCAUUCUUGACUUCACUGGUUGGGCGUCAAAAUACAAAGUCCAGCCAGACACCAACAGUCCUCCAGAAUCGGGAAAACUCGCAAAGACAUUGGCACAAGUCCUUUUCAACCAAAUUGUUAUCGGAGGGGUCUUGUCCUGGCUGUCUUAUUUAGCGUUUGAAUCGCUGGGAGUGGCUUUUUCCAGCGAAAGUUUAAGAGCAUUGCCUUCCUACACAAGAGUCCUCGCGGAGGUGCCCUUCCACAUCAUGGGACAGGAAGUAGGCUUCUACUACAGUCACAGGUUGCUGCACUAUAAAUGGUUUUACAAGUACAUCCACAAGCAGCACCAUGAGUGGACGUCACCCAUUGCAGUUAUGGCCGUUUAUUGCCAUCCCCUAGAACAUGUAUUCUCAAACCUCGUCCCAGUAGCAUUAGGGCCCAUUUUGCUUCGAUCACACCCUGUCAGUAUUUGGUUCUGGUUUUCCUACGCCAUAUUCCAGACCCUGAACGGCCACUCAGGCUAUCACUGGCCCUGGUUUCAAUCCCCUGAAUUUCAUGAUUACCAUCACCUGAAGUUUAAUCAAAACUAUGGUUCCAUCGGCCUCUUGGACUUCUUCCACGGUACCGACACACAGUGGCGGGAGAGUGUCCAGUUUAAGAGGGACCUCUUUUUAACCGGAUUAAAAUCGGCGAGGAAUCUUGUACCAGACGAUGAUAUGAAAAAUAAGUGAAUAAAACCAAAGGAGGUUAAAUUGGUUAAUCAUUAAAAACAUUCUUUAAUUUAAAAAUAAUUGACCACAUCACGUUUACAAAAAUGGGUGAAUAUUUUAAAAAAAUAUAAAACAAAUGUUAACAGGCUAUAGAAAUAAAUGAAUAAUCUUUUCCGUCAAAUUAAAAAUAUGGUCUAAUUAACUUUAUUUUACACCGUUCGUGUUGAAUGAGCUAAUCUAUCUAUCAAAUCAACUUGUAUUGCUAUA